AUCACGUAGGGCUGUUUAGUUUUCGCCACCAAAAACAGGACAAACCACUUUUCAUAUCGUUUUCUUUGCUAUCAUUCAUUCAAGUGUAAAGUCUUCAGGGUGUCGGACCUCUUUUCUCCUCUGUGCACUGGUUUGAUUGGGCAUAAUGAAGGAGAAAGUGGGAUUCAUUGUUUUGCUCCUCAGUCAAGCUGCUCUGGCCUCAAAAGACCCUGAGGUAGUUUGCUCAUCUAAGCCAGUAGAAGCAGCAGUCGGUGAGGAUGUGAUCCUGCAGUGCCACCUUGAGCCCCCACUGGAUGCAACAGAUAUGACAGUGGAGUGGAGUCAUGGGCACCUCAACCACUCGGUGCACCUGUAUCAAGACAGAAAAGACAAUCCUGCAGAGCAGAAGGAGCACCUUGAAGGGCGAACAUCUCUCUUUGAUUCGGGGCUGACUAAAGGAAACCUGUCACUGAAACUCUCCUCAGCACGGCUCUCCGACGCUGGGAGAUACAAAUGUUCCUUUCACACUGAAAAACUGCAGAAGAGUUGUUGCCUUAACCUCACUGUCGCAGAGAAUGAAGACAACAAACAUGAGAAACAAGCAGGUUCUGGUCACAAAGUUUCCAGACGUCUUCGCAAUGUCAUCUUCACUGGGAUUGUCAUCGUCAUUAUUGUCAUUGUCAUUGCCAUUAUCUUAUGCAGGAGGAAUUCUGAAAGCAGCAGUCUGGUGGCCGAAUGUCUGGUAUCAUGCCUGGUGAUGUGUGUGGAUGUGUGUCAACAUCUGGAACCAUACUGACAGUAGUACUUGGUUUUGUAGUGGUUUUCAUGCCAUCCAAAGAUUUGUAUCAGGUGACUUUACAAGUUAGUUUCUGUCAAACACUCCUGUCAAACAUGCUAGUUGAUCAGAAAUACCCAGACUGCACACAAAGGCUCUGAUAGUUUUAUUGAAAUAGAAAUGGCUUCCACUUUUAGGAGUGAUGUUUUGCAUGAAAGAAAUGGAGUUCAAAAGUUCUCUGCAAUUUGAUUGUAUGGUCUGGACAAAGUAUCCUCUUAAUUUUACACAUCAAUAUGUGUUUAUAGGUUAUGGUGAGUUCUACUGCAUUUGUUUCUUUAUUUAAUGUUUAUUUGUAUAGGGACAAGUAAAUAGCAUGAACCAGUGCCACAUACCACAGCAUUUACACACAAAACUGAACAAUAAAAUGCAUACAGAUCAGCACAAAACAAACAAUUUUGUUAACAUUAGAGUAACAACUUUUAACUUUUGUAACAUCUGGAUACUAACCAGCUGUCAUGUCAUACUGAAACAGCUUUUGUUAUUAUUUUUGAACUCCUUUAUGAGGGCACAUUUUGUAUAUUUCUACAUGAAUAGGCAGGCAAGUACAUACGUAGGCAGAUACAGGUCCAAAUGGCAGAAAACCAAAAGCAAGAGCCAACAUAGCAACUGGGACGAACUGACAAAAGAACAAAGGAAUCACACAGACUAAAUACACAAGUGAUGGAAAAAUAACUAGACACAUGUGAAACUAAUCAGGGCGGGGCAAACAAUCAAAACUGGACGGAAAAACACAAAGACAGGAAGUGAAGCUCCACAAAACACAUGAGGAGAGGCAAGUAUACAAAAUAAAACUGGAAGUGACUAAACUCAAAACCCUCAAACCAUGACACCUUUAAAAUUUUUGCAAUUUGGUUUACCUUUGGUUAAAUUUCACAUAUUUAGCUAGUUUUGUUUCUUAUUUUAUCCUGCAUUUACAUUCUGAAGUCAACACUGCACACAAUGUAAUCAAAUAUAUUAACUUUAACAUUUCCUUGAUACCUCCUUCUUUGCUUAGAAAAAGUAGUAUGUCUCGAAACCAUGUUGUAAGAUUUUUCUAACGUGACCUUCUGGUUGUGCUCAUUGAACAUACUAUUUCCUACCUCGUAAAAUAAUGAUGACAAAUCCAUUUACCUUGAAAUUAAUUGCACUGCAUUCUAGUAACACAACAGUAUAUACCUGGAAAGUUGGAGAUGUUGUGUUCACAGUGAUUUUAACCUGUGAGAUACCAAACCACAAAAGUUUCCAAUCACACUGCAAAAUAUAGGUCAAUUAAUUCUUUACUCUAAAUCUAAAUGUGUAUUUUCUUAAACCUGCCAGAGCAGAUACUUGAAAUUGUUUAUUUUCAAUGUAGUUACACUUGUUUCAAAGCAUUUUGAGACAUUGUCAGUUUAAAUGAGACACGUUUAAAGUACUGAAAACUGUUGGCCUAUUUGUUGGUUUUAAAGUAGCACAAAGUCCUCUCCUUGUUUCCACUUCUGAGAAAUGACUCUCAGAUAAUCUCACCACAACCGACCCACACAGGCAAAAACACUGAUUUAGUAAAUCGCUGACAAAAAAAAUGCUAAAAUGUUUGUUCUUUUCCUGUUUGUAAUUUAAAGUAACACUUAUGUUAUAGAAGAAUAAGAAUGUGAGAAGAGAAUAAAACCAUUUACAGCA